AUGGUUCAACGUUGGUUUAUUUGUGUCACGGUUGUCGGUAUUUGGAUCUUAUCCUGCAAAAGCUCCAACAGUGCCCAGACGGCAGUCAAGACAUUUCAAAAUAACACGGUGAUAUUACCCUGCCACGUAGAAAGCCUCGGUGUUCAAACAAUAGUGCGAUGGUGGCGAGAAGACACGCUGCUAGCAGACAGCAGUGAUCCAAAUUUAAUACAUCUCCCUCGCAUAAAAAUGUGGGACAAUAUGAGCUUGGAGGUGUCACAAGUGCAGCCACAGGAUUCUGGAAAAUAUGUUUGUCAAGCUUCAAGACCGGCACCUUGGGGCCACGUUACACAAGUACAAACUAUUGAAGUUCUGUAUCCGCCGAGCAUUCAUUCAGUGCCUGAAGCUGGAGAACUUGAAGUAAACUUUGGCGACGAAGUAGAAAUGGCUUGUAUUGCUAAAGGAGUACCCUAUCCAAGCAUUUCCUGGAGAAUGAAGGUAAAUUUUGUCUGGUGUAAUUUAUGGCUCAAGUAUAAACCGGAGAUCGAGUCCAAGAAGAGCUGGAUCCAUGCAUCCCCUGGAAUACGGGCUCAGCUUGACUGCAAGGUGACGGCCUACCCUGAUGCCAAGGUCGACUGGUUCAUUGAAAAUGAGAGAGUUACCUACUCAUCAAGGAUUGUUAAAUUCAUUGCCGGGCAGGUUCACAGCCUGGUGAUAAGAAAUGUCAGACCUAGCGACUACGGUUAUUACAUUUGUCGCGCUACCAAUGAUUUGGGAGUUUCUGAAACGAGUAUUGAAUUAUCUGGAAUUGCCAAUGCUGCUGUCUUCAAGGAGUCCAAUCCUAUCGCUACUAAUGCAUACAAUUUUAUUUGGGAAGUUGAUAGCUAUAUCCCAAUUAUUGAGUAUCAAUUUUGGUUUCGCAAAUACUCAACUCUAGAUCGAGGACGUGACUGGCACAAGCUAUUCAUUCCUAGUGGAAGCGAUGCGAUUGGACCUCUCCACGGCAAGUCCUUUAAUCUCACAGGACUGACGCCUGCAACAUACUACGAAGCACUUAUACUAUCAAGAAAUCGAUAUGGGUGGAGCAAGCCUUCAAAGAUCCUACGGUUUGCCACUGAAGGAGCCGCUCGGAAAGAUCAUUACAAAGUUGAGGCUGCUUACGAGGGAUCACCAUUGGCAGUUAUAAUGAAUGAUUCACCAACUCCGAGGUCUGAAACGCUCAACAGUGCCUCUAUAGUUAAUACGAGAGAUUCAACGCUCAGUAUAGUCCUCGUGGUAUUUUUAUUAUCAAUAUCUUUGGAACAAUUGUUGUAA